AUGAAGCAGCGCUACUUCCGCCCGAAGGACGAGUCGCCGGAGGAGGUGGAGCGGGCGCGGCUCGCCGCCGUCGAGGCGCUGCGGCGGCUCGAGGGGGAGGACCAGCUCGGCGAGCUCAGGCGGGCCCAGCAAGAGGACCGCGCGCUCGGACCGCGCAGCUCCGGCGCGCCCUGCGCUGGCCGCGGCCGCGGGGAGUCGCCCGCCGCGCCCGCCGGGGUGGAGCGGCUGGCCGCCUUCCGCGGGCGCUACCCCGUCGACGACGGCGCCUUCGAGCUCUUGGCGAGGCAGCCGGCCGAGGUGCAGUCCAUGGUGAUCUCGAGGUUCCGCCCGCCAGAGGAGGGCCUGCCCGACUACUCGGCGCUGCUGGCGAGCGUCGUCCAGACCAUCGCGGAUGCCGCACGGCGGCCGCGCCAGGUCGCGACGUUCUCGACGGGCUGCUUCUGGGAGUCGCAGAAGCUGUUCGACAGGGUGAGCGGGGUCCUCAGCACCACGGUCGGCUACACUGGCGGUAACACGCUGAGCAAGCCGACGCACGAGAGCGUGCAACUUGGGGACGGGCACUCCGAAGCAAUCCGCAUAGAGUUCGACCCUGAGCUGAUCACCUACGACGAGCUCCUCACUCACUUUGACCGCAUUCGCGAGCGCACGCCAGCGCCAGUGGGCUUGGCGUUCGCUGGGGGGGCAGCUGUGCAGGCUGGGACCAAGACGCAGCACCACUCGGCAGUCUGGUACCACGACGAGGAGCAGAAGAAGGCCCUGCAGGCACGCGCCAGACGAGGCGCCCCGGAGGUCCACGCCGCGCGCAUGGAGACCUGGCACGACGCGGAGAGACACCACCAGAAGUUCCACCAGAAGGGCUGCAGCGUGCAGUGA